AUGUAUCACAACUGGCGUGGCCAGAAGUUUAUCGCCAUCGAUGAAGCCCAUCGAGCCCUGGGCGAGGUGGUUCGGAUUGGACCGAACACGAUAUCCUUCUCUUCCAUCCAGGCGUACAAGGACAUCUACGGACACGGAUCGCAAGUGGUCAAGGAUGUGUUCUAUGACAAUCAGGCCGGCGGCAACCCAUCCAUGGCGGAUACUUCCAGUCGUGAGCUCCAUAGCCGGAAGCGAAAGAACCUGUCGUUCGUCUUUGCAGCGAAGCAGGUCACGUCGAUGGAGCCUCGGGUAAUGGAUGUUGUUGACAAGCUUCUUCGGGCUGUCAAAGUCAAAUCUCAGGGCAGCAAGAUUGCCCCCACUGACCGUUUCGAUACUGUCAAUGGAGCCUUGGACAUCAGACCGUGGCUAAACAUGUUCACGUACGACGCGAUCAGUAGCAUGUUCUUCUCAAAUUCAUUCAAGUUUCUGGAUCGAGGCGACGAUGACUGCAUGGCCCAGGAUGCAAAAGGUGGCGUCCGGCAAGUGCACGCAAUGCAGACCUUCCACACAGGAGCCCGCCUCAGCGUGCUCUUGGGCCACAUGCCUGGCUUUUGGUACGACCUGAUUAAAAACCGGAUGUUGGGCUGGACGUUCGGAAACAAAUGUGGAACAUACUUCACUGGCAUGGCGCGCUAUCUGGUUACAGACAGGUUGCAGAAUCCACCUAGCAAGCCCGAUCUGUUUUCCAACCUUCCCGUAAAACCAACAGAAAAGAACCCGGUGCCCAUGGAACUGAAUGAGCUCAUCGCCGAAUCUGCUGUUAUGCUGAAUGCAGGGAACGACACCACACAGACCUCUCUGGUCAACAUAUUGUACAGCCUCGCAAGUAAUCCAAAAGAACAGGGAAAGCUUCGCCGGAUUCUGGAGGAAGAGAUUUCCACAGACCAAAGUCCAAUCGUCUCAUAUGCUCAGCUGCAACAUAUUCCGUACCUCCGAUACUGCAUCGACGAGUCAUUCCGUGUUUUACCUCCUGUCGCAACCGGUCUUCCCCGUCGAACAACCCAGCCUGCCAUCAUCGCCGGCUACCAGAUUGCCUCCGGGGUUGGGGUUUCCGCGCCGACGUAUACGCUCCAUCGGAACGAGAAGCUCUUCAGUAAUGCCGGCAGCUGGCUUCCAGAGCGCUGGGACCCAGACAACAAGAAUUACACGGACGAGGAACGCAAGAACCUCAAGGAGUAUGUGCAGCCGUUUAGCCAAGGCGCCCGAGCGUGCAUCGGGCGGAACCUGGCAUAUAUGGAGCUGAGCAUCUGUAUUGCGGCUCUUGUCCUUGCUUUUGAGUGGGAAUUGGGGCCCGGCCAGGGUGAGGUAGAGCACUUUGAGCGCUUCAAUUGCAACCCGGUUAAGCUGAUGGUUCGGCCCCGACCCAGGGAUGAAGUGUGGGACUCGUAUAACUACAUCUCGGCUCAAUAA